GUUCAACUUUCACUUGACUGCGAGCCAAACAGAGCACCGAGAGCAGAACACAAGCUCCAGGUGACGACGCUCAGGGAGUGCACCGGAAGGUAGAGGGCGACUGACCUCAGCGCCGCAUGGCCCAAGGGAAGAAAGCGAAGGGGAGGUCGGAACUGAGGACGUGAUCCUACUUCCCGCGCCAGGGGACGAAGGUCCACUGGAAUUACCAGACCUCUCCGUGCCAGCGCUCCCACAUGAAGCAGACGAGGCCGAAGAACGAGAUGAGGAGUAGGACGAACGAGAACGGUGACGACGAUCAUUGCUACCAGUUUCAUUUUGAAUUCUGCUCUCAUGCAAGGAUGACGUACAGGCGUGACGGCACACAGCGAGCAAACGCUCGAUGUCUACGGACUCAGGUAACCCCGCUGCAGACGAGUCUCCACUACCAGCACCAACCUGAUCAGAAGGGCGUGACGAGCGUGAGGGCAUAGAGGACAAGGAUCCCGAGCGUGACCGUCAUCAUCAUGAAAUCAUGAACGCCACGUGUUCGUCAACGCCUGGGCUGUGUGACCUAGGCGACGUGCUCAGCCGCGAGGGUCGGCGUGACCUCAAAGGCCGCGAGGGCAGCGAAUUGCGGUGCGAUCACGUACUGCCCGCCGUCCCCAGGCUCGAUCUUGCAGAGGAGGCGGCAGUCGACAUCACUGCAGAUCAGAUACAUGUGCCCACGGUUCGGCUGGUUCCCAACUUGCAGCCCUCGCGCAUCAGCUGGGUGUUCUGCAUGUGGGUCAGCGUGACCUUCAACAGCUGGCCAAAGACGCGGUUGGCCUGUCGGAUGUUCCCCGGGGUGUCUGGCUUUGCCAUCACGGGGUGCCUCUGGUUUGCGGGACCCGUCCACUGCAGACCCUCGCCCCUGGCCUUCGUCAGGAUCCCCUUCGCGAGGUCGGCGUUCGGGAACGUGUACAAAGUGUUGAAGUUGGAGCUUCGGAUGCGGCAUUCCUUGCGGACGCCCUCCUGCAAUUUGCUCGGCACAGUGGCGCCAUGGGCGUGCAGCACAGGCCCGGUGACCAGCUGCGGGAACACCAUCACCCAGAUCUUGCAUGGGAUGGCCUGCGGGAAGCGGUCGGACCCGUCGGAGGACGCCGCCGAACCAACGCGAGUGCCGGCUGGUGGAGCAUUAGGCACGGCCGGGGGCGCCUCCAGCUUGCCGAGGCGCUCGUCGACAUCCUUCAGCAACUCAGGGUUCUCGUGGACUGUCGGUGCUGCCGUCCGCGGGGGGAGCGGCGAUACGGGCCUCGAGGUCGUCCAUUCGCUGCCCAAGGGUCGUGAAUUUUGUCUGCAUGCCCAGGACGGCCGCGAUCGCCAAUUGCACGUGGGCCAGCUGGUGGGAGCGUGCCUGCAAGGAACCAUUGAUGGUCCUCAAGAUCGAGGGCACGUCGUCACCAGGGAGCUCCCCCACCUUGGCAGCCUUCGGUGGACGCCUUCCGCCACCAGCUUUGCCAAGGGCCCCGUUGGAACGGUCCCACCAGGAGUAGCGCCAGCAGCAGCAGCAGCAGCAGUUUCCGCCAUCUUCGGCUGAUACCAAGGUUCGCACUCCACCCAAAAGUCGGUUCCCUGAUGCAGUCAAGGCUGGCGUGGCCAGCAGGAAGUGACAGGGUGUAGGUGGUGCGACAUGAAAGUGAGAAGUACUGUCCGCAUGGGCACGACACCCACGAAUGCCCACGCGCAGGGUUGCCAGCUCGAGCCAAAAUGGCUGCGGAUAGGUGGGAGGCGGGAGGUGCGAGGUGGGGGAAGGCAGGAGGACGUGGGGCGUCG